GGCAAUUGCAGAAAGGCAUUCGGAUGAGAGCAGUCCAUCGUCUGCUCCUCAGAGUCCUCGCGUUAUCACGUUAUUCCUCCCCCGAAAUGAGUGAAAUAAACCGUCUGGACACAUGGAAUGAACGGUGGGAGAAAGGUAGAACCGGCUGGCACAAGGCUGAAGUUAAUUUUGCCUUAAAGAAUCACGGAAAGACGCUUUUGCCGACUCCCGGACGCCGAGUGCUCCUGCCUCUGUGUGGAAAGUCCGUCGAUCUGAAAUGGUGCUAUGAUGAAGGACAUCAUGUUGUUGGCAUUGAAGGAGUUGAAAAGCCAGUUGUAGAUUUCUUCAUUGAACACAAUAUUCCCUAUAGUGUAGACCAGCUAUCAUGGGCAAAAUUAUACAAGUCUGGCGAUAGUCGGCUUCAACUCUAUUGCUGCGACCUUUUCAGCAUUGAUGUAGAGGCAAUAGGAAAAUUUGAUUCUGUGUUCGACAGAGGGUCAUUAGUAGCCAUCUAUGAAGACGAUAGAGAAAGGUAUGCUGAACUAAUGAAAUCCAUACUGAGUAGUGAUUUCCGUUACUUGGUCAAUCUGACUCAGUAUACUCCUACUGAGAAUUUUAAUGGACCACCAAGAAAUGUCCCAACUGCUCUUGUUCAGAAGCUUUUUGGAGAUAAAAUCAGCAUUGAAGUUCUGGAGACCCUUGAUAGGACAGAAGAGGAUCCCAAAGUAAAAGGAACUUGGGGUUUGGAUUCCAUGUUUGAAGUUGUGGCUUUGCUCACUCCCAAGGAAUAGAUUUUAGGCAUAUUUCCAGACAUAGAAGUUUCUCAUUUUUUCCCUAAAGUCAGUUGCUAGUCCAGUGAUUUGCAUUUUUAUUUGUUCAUGAUAUAUUUGUAAUCAAAAGAUAUAUUUUUCUUGUAACAGGAUAUUUGAGAUGAAUAUCAUUCAAAAUAUGAAAUGUGUUUUUGAUUAUUUUAAUAGUCAUCAUAUUCAGACAUGCUGAAAGUGUACAUUAUGCAAAGAAUCAAUCAUUCCAUCAAUGGCAAUGGAGUUUCUGUUUUUUUAAAUAUGGUCUUUAUAUUUCAUAGAAUAGUUCUUUAUAUUGCAUGAUAAUUAUUUUCCAACUACUACAUAUCUAUCCUUGAAAAAAAGGAAAUAUAUUGGUUAGUGUAAUUACAUUAAUUUUACUGUGCAUAUAUGCCAGGUAUGGAUCAGAAAAUCUAGUAAUAACCAUAAAUAUAUGUCUGUGCUGCGUACAUGGAAAAUUCUUGAGUAGUAUUUUUAUAAAAGUAGAAAAAAAUAUGUCUUUAUAUUUUUUUGUAAAGGAUGAAUAUAUUAUAUUAGAAAAGAUAUUAUGCAUCAGUGAUAUUACUAAUUAUUUAUCAAUGUUAAGUCACCAGGGCAGUACUUAUACCAGAAAGGUAUUUGAUGGCUUAUAGCUCUUUUUAGUACAUAUUAGUACAUGUGCACAGAUGAACAUUUUUUUUACAUCAGUGUGUUACAUCACGUCUUUACUAAGUAGAGAUUUGUGAUUAGAAGUAUAUUUUCAUUAAAAGUGUCCCAUGGGGAAAUGUUAAAUGUAAGCCUUUGUUUUUGUUUGGCAAAAGAUGAUAUUACUUGAUUGUAACAAAAUAUAUAAUGCUAAUUGCAUAAAGUUUGAUGAAUUUUAUCAUUUUUUUAGCAAGCAGUUAGGUGCUCAAUGUACAUAUAUACAAUAUAUGAUUUCAUGGUUGUGUAAAUAAUCUUUUACAGUAUUUCAGUUCAGGGAUUUCCUUUUGUGGGGUCUUCAUAACAUUUUAUGAUAGGAAGAAUGCCUGUGUAAACUUUUAUAAACACUACUGCCAUACUCUAAUAGGAUAGAUUUAUAUAUAUUUCAUGAUGAAUAUUUUUAUUUGAUUUUUUCUUUGGACAUUACUGUAAAAACAUGAUUUGAAGAUCUUUCAUUGUAAUGAGUAUAUUUGUUGGUAAAGCAGGCUUCUUUUUGGUGGAAUUUGGAAAUAUACUGACUUAAUUUAGAAAAAAAAGUAUGAAAUAAAGUAAUGGAAUAAU